AGUGGUUUCCGUUGAGAAACCAAACACUCCAUAAAUUUCACCGGUAAUCGCUAAGCAUAACAUGAUGCGUCUCCUUCUAAUCGUAACUGUGCUGCUAUGCAUCGCCGGCGUCGGAGUUUCUUCAACAGCAGAGCAAUUCAAAGUAGACGGCAAGGUGUUGGAGCUCGACGAUUCCAACCUUGACGCCGCAAUUUCAGCCUUCGACUACAUCUUAGUCGAUUUCUACGCUCCCUGGUGCGGCCACUGCAAGCGCCUCGCUCCUCAGUUAGAUGAGGCUGCUCCAGUUCUUGCUGAAUUAAAGAAGCCCAUAGUGAUAGCAAAAGUAAAUGCUGACAAGUUUACUCGUCUUGGUACUAAAUAUGAAAUUGAUGGAUUUCCUACCCUGAAGCUUUUUAUACAUGGAGUUCCUAUAGAAUAUUAUGGGCCAAGGAAAGCAGAUUUACUUGUUAAAUAUCUGAAGAAGUUUGUAGCUCCUGAUGUCUCUAUUCUUGAUUCAGACGCUGCCAUUAGUGAUUUUCUUGAAGCGGCUGGGAAAUAUUUUCCCAUAUACAUAGGUUUUGGCUUGAAUGAGACGGUAAUAUCUGACCCAGCUGUCAAGUAUAAGAAAAAGGCAUGGUUUGCUGUGGCAAAGGAUUUCUCGGAGGAUGUCAUGGUGUUGUAUGACUUUGAUAAGGUUCCUGCUUUGGUCAUUCUUCAUCCAACCUACAAUCAGAAUAGUGUUUUUUAUGGCCCCUUUGAAGAUGACUUUUUAGGGGAUUUUAUAAAGCAGAAUUUGCUCCCUCCAGUAGUUCCAAUCAAUGAUGAAACAUUGAAGCUAUUGAAAGAUGAUGAGAGGAAAAUUGUCCUGACAAUUAUGGAGGAUGUGGUUGAAGAGAAAUCACAGCCAUUAAUCAACUUAUUGAAAGCUGCUGCAUCUGCAAAUCGUGACUUGGUAUUUGCCUAUGUUGGGGUUAAACAAUGGGAAGACUUUGCUGAUACAUUUGAGGCCAAUAAGAAGACAAAAUUGCCAAAAAUGGUUGUUUGGGAUGGAAAUGAAGAGUACCAUUUAGUUAUUGGUUCUGAAAGCCUCAGUGAUGAAGAUCAAGGAUCUCAAAUUUCUAGAUUCCUAGAAGGAUAUAGAGAAGGAAGGACAGAGCAGAAAAGAGUUAAAGGUCCUUCAUUGAUGGGCUUUAUCAAUUCACUGAUCGGAAUCAGAAGUAUCUACAUUAUUGUCUUUUUGGUUGCUGUGUUGAUGCUUAUACGGAGUCUUGGCAACGAUGAAGAACCUCCCAGGGUUGGCACUCGCAAUCAGGUUGAUCAUGCUAGGAGCUUUGAGGCUGAAACCAGUGAGCAUAGAUCUGGGGAGAAAGAAGAUUAAAGAAGGUGAUAUAUCUGCCUGUGGAAAUACGAACUGAGAAAAUGGAUUAAUCUGAAAACAAAUUUACAGAUUGGAAGAUGAAAAGUUAACGCAACACUUUUUGUGGAGUGGUUUAUCCCCAUGCAUCGCUCAUGUAAAUUUAAUCUAUCUCGGAGUAUGUCAUUUUGUUUUCUGAAAUGGAGGAUUAUAUUACUAUUUUGCGUACUCAUUCAGGUUAAAAUGACUUCUGCCUCUCACUGCUCUUAUUAACACUGCUAUUUCAAAAUUUAAUUAUGUUCCCUUUAUUCUAUGGAACUUGAAGUAAUCAUGUUCUGUUUUGGACAAUUCUCAUCUGUAAUCAUAUUCUCUUUGGAACAAAGUGAAAAAAGCCGU